UGUGGGAUCGACCCGACUUGUCACGGAUAUAGAUAGUAAUUGACGGUAUCGACGAUGGAACGUGAAAGACCUUGGAUGGCACUCACCUGGGGCCCAGUCCGGGCUGCGGUUAUCACUGAUGUUAGACGCCGAUCACGCAAGUGUAUGCGAAUGCCAUCCCCACGCAUCCUGGGCAAGUGCGUGUGAGAGUGUGCGAGAGUGCCGUUGGCCCAACCCUGCUUCCAUCCCGAGCUCGUGGUAGGGACACCGUCGAGAAUGCCAGUCUUCUCCGAGCACGGAGCCGAGUAGCAUGCUGUGUCGAUCCUUUGCCAGCUGUGCUGGAACGUCGCCGCGCAUCUGCGCAAACGAAUGAUAACUGAUAACCGGAAACGCUCGGCUAGAUCGGGUCGCAGGAACCGAGUUGCGGUGAGUUCGUGAAACGAAAGUUGGUGGAGAACGCUUACGGAGGACUCGGUACAUGGGAGGGAGCGGUAGGAGGGUGGAAGAGAGGAAGAACAACGCGUGUGAUCCGCGAAUGAGAUCGCUCCGAUAAUGGAGAUAAGGAAGAGAAGAAGUACGUGAAUGCGCGUUCUCUGGGAUUAAUCGCAACAGUGUAAACAUGAAGACCGAGAUGGAGACGGAGCCCGAAUGUGCAGAUAGUAGUCUGUGCUCGAGCAACAACAAUAAUAACAAUAGUACUGGGAACAACAAUAACAACGGCGUCGCCCCCGUUGUGAAGAAGGGCGGCAACGAUAGCUACGACGGGAUGGAGAUGGACUGCGGUGGCUGCGGGGAAAGCGUACGCGAGCGCACUGUCCUGUGCGUAGGAGGCCGUACUUGGCACUCCAGGUGCCUAAAGUGUUGCGCCUGUGCGAGGUCCUUGCACGACCAGCAUUCGUGCUUCCUGCGCGGGAUGCGGCUGUACUGCAGACACGAUUAUGCCUUAACGUUCGGCGCGAAAUGCGCGAAAUGCGGGCGCAGCGUGGGCGCCGGCGACUGGGUGCGAAGAGCCAGGGAGAGGAUAUACCACUUGGCCUGCUUCGCCUGCGACGCCUGCUCCCGUCAAUUGUCCACGGGGGAGCAAUUCGCGCUUCUGGACGCGCGGCUGCUCUGCAAGGCCCAUUAUCUGGACGUGGUCGAGGGUAAUAACACGUCCUCCUCGGAGGACUGCGACUCCGAGCACGGCGGCAAGGGCAGCAAGACGAAGCGCGUGAGGACGACCUUCACCGAGGAGCAGCUCUCGGUGUUGCAGGCCAACUUCCAGCUGGACAGCAAUCCCGACGGUCAGGAUCUCGAGAGAAUCGCUCAAGUGACCGGCCUGAGCAAGCGAGUCACGCAAGUCUGGUUUCAGAAUUCCCGUGCGAGGCAGAAGAAGCACAGCGGCAAGAUUAAGACGCAGAUGCACCAUUCGCCGCCAAUGCAGCAUCAUCACCCGGUCGAUCUGUAUCCCGGCGCAGUGAACGUGGUCGGCGCUUAUCUGGGCGGUUAUCAGGCCGGCAGCGCCGGUAGCGAGAGUCCAGGUAGUCCAUUAACGCCUCUCACACCACUCACGCCUCUCACACCGACUACGCCGAACCAUUUGCAAGCGCAAUUUUGCCAUCCCGCCGGAUAACUCGACGUAAAAGCUUGCUUCUUACCGCAAAAUCGCCGAUACUGACGGGCGAGUACACGCGCGCAAUCGGUGCGUGAAUCUCUCCCCUCUUAGCAAUUUCAGCAGUUUCCUGCCUUGUACAUAUCGUGAGAAUGAAAAAGAAGAAGUGUAAAGUAAAUCGCGUUUGAUAUUAAGACAUAUCGUAAUGUAAAAGACACGGAAAGUACGGAGAUCGUACUGAGACUUUAAGCUACGCUCUUAUUUAUUCCAAGCUCGACGCGACUCGACCUUCUAUAUACUCGCGUUCACGAGUGAAAUCUCCUCGACGAGAUACGGGCGGUUGAAGAACAACUGGGAGGAAGUGAGGAGCGACUUGAGCAAUAACGUUAUCGCAUCCCUCGUACGCGAAUCAUCAACAUAGAUAGAUCUUUGAGUCCACGUACAUUGUAUAUAGCUCUAGCUUUUGUACAUAUACCAUUUACUUCUUAGAGAGAUGCAUGUGAGAAUUUUAUAUUGCUCCCACCACGCGCACUUGUCGCUGCAAUAUUGUAAAACACGCCGUUAUUAAUAAAACGCCAU